UCCAGUUGUUGGUCCCAAUCGCUUGCUCACCCCGCACCCGCGCACCACUGUCUCCCCGUCGCUAUCAUUCAGCAUCCACUCGUCACCUUGAUCGAUCCUCACAAUCCUCACCACCCUCCACACCAACAGCCCCCAUCCGUCCAUCCCACGCCUCCCUCCCUCCUGAUCUAUUCUCUGCCCCGCUAGGGGCGUCGCGCAUCUCCCCGCAUCCACCCCUCUAUUCGCGUCACUGCUUUCAUUACUCCUUCUCCAUCAACUCGCGUCACUCCCGUCGAACCUCAACUUGACCUCGCUCUGCAGCCAAGUUGUUGGCCCCCUUCAUAUCAACACCUCCUGCCUCGUCACUGCACGCCCAAACCUCGAUGUACGGCCGCGCGUACGGUGGGUACGCCGCAGGCGGAGACGUUCCUCGCUCGACUGCACUGCAAGCACAAGCACAAGCACAAGCUCAGUCUGCAAUGAGCGGCGGCGGCAACCUUCAAUCUCCUCUGGCGACCCUCGGCUCAAGCAUGCAGCAGAACCUUCCAUCUUCGCUCACAUCGCAGCAAGCACCGCCCCUCCUUCUCAACAAUCUCGCGCAGCACCUCAACAACCCGCCCCCGCCCACGCCUGGUGUCCCGACGACACCGAGCGGCGCGCAGCAGGCGCAUCAACUCUCCGCGGCUGUCGCCCAGAUAGGGAACUCCGGCGCGCCCUUCCCCGCUAGCACAGGCAAGCUUCUUUUGUUGCCCAACGGCAACCCGCCGCCUGCGAACAGCGAGGAAGCAAAGAUCUAUGAGCUCAUCAUCCAGCUCCUCGACCCCGAGACUCGCGAGACUGCAUUGUUAGAGCUCAGCAAGAAGCGAGAGAUGUACGAGGACUUGGCCCUUGUGUUGUGGGGCGGCUUUGGCAUCAUGUCUUCGCUCCUGCUUGAGAUUGUGAACGUCUACCCUGCGCUGUCGCCCCCCGUUCUCACAGCUCACGCGUCAAACCGCGUCUGCAACGCGCUCGCCCUUUUGCAAUGCGUGGCGUCGCAUUCAGAGACACGCUCUUUGUUCCUCAAUGCGCACAUCCCACUCUUCCUCUACCCUUUCCUCAACACGACUUCCAAGACGCGCCCCUUCGAGUACCUGCGCUUGACAUCGCUGGGAGUCAUCGGCGCGCUCGUGAAGCAGAAUGACAACAGCGACGUGAUCAACUUCCUCCUCUCAACCGAGAUUAUUCCUCUCUGUCUGCGCAUCAUGGAGACAGGCUCGGAGCUGAGCAAAACAGUCGCCAUCUUCAUUGUCCAGAAAAUACUGCUUGACGACCUUGGCCUGCAGUACAUUUGCCAGACGUACGAGCGUUUCUACGCCGUCGGCGCCGUGCUCGCCAACAUGGUCUCCACGCUCGUCGAGACUCAGGCCGUCCGCCUGCUAAAGCACGUUGUCCGCUGCUAUCUCCGCAUGAGCGACAACCCCCGCGCGCGCGAGGCGCUCCGCGCCUGUCUUCCCGAGCCCCUCCGCGACGGCACCUUCGCGGGUCUCCUCAAGGGCGACCUAGUGACCAAGCGCUGCCUCCAGACCCUCCUUGUCAACCUCGACGGCAGACAGGAGUAGACGCGGGACCUCUCUGGCGAAGACAAGGAAUACGACUCGCGAUCCAUUACAGCAUGCUUGCCGCGCGCAGUUCCGCCGGCCGACACUGUACGACUACGGACACUCCACUGGGCGCGGCAGGCCCGCUUGCAUUCUCUCCCAUUUUCAUCCACCGCCAUCCCAUCAUCAUAUCCGGAGGUUGUACCCCACAUAGGCAUCCAGCAGCCCCUCCCCCUUAGUACGCAUCCAUAACUUCCGCUCUAUCUAGCAUCGGAUACCUGAAUGUAAACAGCUGUACGAUCA